AUGGUGUCGAUCAUGAAAAGUCUCUGUUUUUCUUUCAUCGUCCUCGCUUCUUUCGCAACCCUCUUCUCCGUCGCUGACGCACGGAGAUUUAACGUCGGAGGUAGCGGCGUUUGGGCCGUGAAUCCACCGGAGAGCUACAAUACUUGGGCUGAAAGAAACCGUUUCCAAGUCAAUGACACUCUCUAUUUCAAGUACGCGAGAGGAUCGGACUCUGUCCAACGAGUGAUGAAAGCAGAUUUCGACGGCUGCAACAUUAGGAAUCCGCUUCAGAACUUUGACAAUGGAGAGGCUUUGGUUACUCUGAAUCGGUCUGGUCCGUUUUACUUCAUCAGUGGGAAUCAAGAUCACUGUAUUAAAGGUCAGAAGUUGAUCGUCGUUGUCCUCGCCGUCAGAAAUAACCCGACGGGACCUAUUUCUCCGGCGAAAGCUCCGUCCACAGCCCAACCACCGAAGUCUCCCUCCCCUGUUUCACCAACAGCUCCGGCGAAGGCUCCUUCAACGGCCCAACCACCGAAAUCUCCUUCCCCUGUUUCACCAGUAGCUCCGGCGAAAGCUCCGUCGACGGUUCAGCCUCCCAAAGCUUCUCCCCCUGUUUCCCCAAUCGCUCCGGCCAAAGCUCCGUCGUCUGCCCAAUCUCCGAAAUCCUCUGUUUCUCCAACCCAGCCUCCUAAAUCUCCGUCUCCUGUCGCUCACUCACCGACUUUGUCUCCGUCGCAUGCUCCAAUGUCUCCGGCGACUCCUUCUCCGUCACCAAAAUCUCCAUCCCCUGCUUCUUCUCCAUCUCAGUCACCAAACUCUCCAUCCCCUGCUUCUUCUCCAUCUCAGUCACCAAACUCUCCAUCGCCGGCAAACUCUCCAAAGUCUUCGCCUUCUCCUGAUCAGACACCGGAUGCUCCGGCACCUGAUCAGACUCCACCAGAGUCACCGUCUCCUGAUUCAACUCCGAGCUCCGAUCCCAUCACGGCGCCGGCGCCAAGCCCCAGAAAUGCAGCAAGUGGUGUGGCCGUUACUUCGGUUAUGACUACAGUAUUAACUGCUGCUUUUACCGUUUUUAUGUUCGCUUAA